AUAAUAUUAUCCUGCUGUCAAGGUAAAUAGUCGAGUGGCGAUGCUUCCACACGAACAUCGUGGUACACAAAACACAGGUCAAGAUUUUCUCUAUAUCUAGGCACAAUGGUUAAACAACUAAAAGUCACCAAGAAGGUGGUACAAAAGAAGCUUAAAACCCUACACCCGGCAUCUCGAGAAGCCAAAAGACAGUCACGCGCGAUGCUACGCAAAGAGAAUCUUAUUGUAACAAAAGUAAAGCAAGGGAAACUCGAACAACGCAGAUGUGACACCUUAUUCUGGUUCAAGUGUGCGAUACAAGAGGACACAGCAUUCUACACAGACGCCGACAUGUGUAAGCUAAUCGAGCUGUAUGCGUCGAGGCAUGAUGCUGAAUUAGCAGCGAUUGCGGCCAGCCAGCGCAAAGGAGAGCCUUUGAAGGGGCCUAAGAAUAAUCGGCAAAUGGUGCUGAAUCUGUGUAAAACAGAGGAAUUCGCUGCGUUAAAUGGGAAUGGAUUCGAGGCACCUGAUUUAUCUACGGCGGCUAAAACACAAAGAUGGAGAGAUUGGGAUGGAUCACUGCAGUUUCUGUGCAGGUUGCCAAAACGAAGGUAUUAUAACCAGAAGAGCAGUCAGCCUGUAGAGGUGACCAAAGCGGCUAUAUCAGGCGCAUCCAAGUGGGAUGGGAAGCAGAAGUUCUCGGUGGAAGGCUUGCAGAAAUAGGGUAAACAUAACUUUAGUUCAUAUAUAGUUGUUCGUAAAAAAGGGUUCUACACAUCAGUUGAUAUAUAUAUAAAGUCACAUUCACGAAUUCGGUGAAAUUAGGAUGGAUCUUUACAGUUUCUAUGCAGGUUGCCUAAGCUAAGAUAUUAUUACCAGAAGAGUACCUUCAGAGGCGAGCAGAGCUAUAGCUGGGCAUAUAUAAAAUUUAAAUACGUUGGUUGAUAUGUGUAUGCAUACAUCGAG